AUUCGCUCCCAGUGCUGCCCGCCUGACGUGGCAGGGCACACAAUUUUUUUCAUCCAGAGGCCAUGCAUGUAUAUGCCGUCUUCUCUGAAGCCAGCUCUGCGGAUGGACAGGGAGCCUGUAGCGUUUAAAACCUCAAGAAUAAUGGAGUAACUGAGGGAUUCCUCGAUGAGAACGCGUUGGGUAAACAGGAAUUUCCACCUUAUACGCUCGGUGACCAUGAGCCAAGGUGUCUGUCGGGGCAUAACCUACAUGUGGGAUUAAGAAAAAUGAGUCAAUGCCGCAAUCAGCUCACCUACGAUUGAGACGCGGUCGGAACGCUGCCGGCGUCUGUAUUUGGGCAACCGUGCCGCAAGUCGCGGGCUCUUUCAGAGGGUUUUCGACCACGCUUUUCGUUUAGGAUUCCUCUAACGUGCAAGUAAUUUUAACGACGCUCCGAACUCCUUUGUGUCAUUGGCGACAUCAUGUUGUCCUUGUAACAACGGCGCAUGCGCGGAGCACGCAUAGAUGGUUCGAAGGACGCCAGAGGCACGCAGUGUGUUAGGCUGCAACAACGACAACGCCAAGUAGACGCACCCCAUACGCUCUGUACAAUGAAUUCUGCCAGUGCCAAGGAAGCGUUCCUCGUUCCUUGUUGCACUGUUAAAUAUUAAAAGUGAUUAACCAGCAAGACCGAUAUCCGACAUUAACGUCUGCAGACAGUAAUUUGAAAUACAAGGAAGCUUGUGAACGAGGUAUACAUCUUUGGGUCAAAGUGUAGGGAAAGAAGAAGAAAAAGAAUAUGCACAAUCGCCGCAGUCAGUACCACGUGUUGUCGGAUUGAAACGAUGACGAAGAAGUGACACGUGUGACCCGCAGGAGUGACCGUUACUAAAUCAGAGGGUCUACAGCUAGGUGAUUGACGUGCGCUCGGCGAUGGCAGAUAAGGACUACUACAAGCUGCUGGGGGUCAGCAAGAACGCCACCGAGGACGAGAUCAAGAAGGUCUACCGCAGACUGGCGCUGCGGUACCACCCGGACAAGAACCGAGCUCCAGGUGCGGCCGAUAGGUUCAAGGAGGUCACCGAGGCGUACACGGUGCUCCGCGACAAGAAGACGCGCGAAGAGUACGACAGAAGAGUUGAAGACUGCAGGAAGGCCAGAAGUGCUGCUGCUCACCGAGGAUCCAACGUGCAGAGAGCCGAGCCCUACGCCAGCAACUCGUGCGGCCGACCCAAGCCCGGCUUCAAGGAGUCGUUCUCGUUCGGCGAAGACCUCUUCCGCACCUUCCACUUCGACACGGCGCCCAAGGACCGCGACAUCCGCCACGACCUUGCUUUGACCUUGGAGGAGGUUCUGCGAGGAUGCGUCAAGAACAUGAAAGUCACCCGGACCGUGACUGCCCCGGACGGCAGCUCGCAGUAUCGCGAGCAGAAGAUCCUGACCAUCAACGUGAAGCCUGGCUGGAAGGCGGGGACGAAAAUCCGCUUCGAACGCGAAGGAGACCGGCUGCCCGGGCGCGUCCCAGCCGACAUCGUGUUCGUCGCACGCGACAAGCCACACAGGCUGUUCAAGCGGAACGGGGUGGACGUGCACUACGUAGCCAAAAUCACCCUCACGGAUUCCCUGCGCGGGGUGGAAAUAAGCGUUCCCACCCUCACCGGCGGCGUGGUACCGCUGAGCUUGAAGGGGCCCAUCUAUCCUUCGGCCAUCAAGCCCAUCCGCAACGAAGGGCUGCCACAUCCGAAGGACCCGACGAAACGUGGGGAUCUUCUGGUCAACUUCGAGAUCAUUUACCCUGAUUCAGCAAAGUAACGGUCUCAGCGGCACGCGUUCGCUGCCAUUAAAAGGCAAACAGUGGUCUCCUAGGGUGCAAGGCCUGUUCCCGUGGAAGAACAGCGGUCCCGGGAAACAACUGCGCGUGGACGACACUGCAAGGUGCUUUAUAGUGUGCAAUAACAGUGCCUGCCGUUUAACUCACACGAUCACUUGUACUAUCUUUAUCUUGCAUAUGUUUGUUUACUGCACGAAAAUUAUCCAGGUGUGCUUUAAUGACUAUUGACGAUAAUGUUCUUUUAUAGCUCUUCGAUUUCACCCCAUGGUGGUGGUGUAGUAACAAAUUACUGUGGCAUUCCAAAAAAGGGAAUCUCCAGAAAAAAAAACUGUUCAUGUUGGAACUAAAUUGUAUUUUCCCAGAUUAAGCCAUUGUAAUUGCGCUGCAUAGCUUAUUAAAAUCUUGCUUAC